AUGCUGAGCGAUGCUAACGAAUCUCUAUCUGCGUACUACGAGUACCCGUGGGCGUACUUUAUGGCUCUGGUAGGAUACUCGAUGGUGUUCUUUAUCGAAGAUGUUAUGCUAAACAAGCUUUUAAAUCGCUUCCACGACGUAUACGAGAUUAACAACAUGGGUGCAAUCGCUCACCAACACGGUCACACUUUCAUCGGCCACUCAGCAGAUGAAGUCGGCCACAAGCUCGGCAAUGCGGGCCUAUCUCAUGCGCGGUGGGGUACGAUCGCCGAAGAAUCCAAAAACAAUCGCCACAGCACCGUGGAGUUGGACAGCAACGAUGGCAAUGUAAAAUCAACUACGAGCUGCGCUGCUAUGCAAACGGAGAACGAGUCCGUACCUCUGCUACAGGACAAGUGCACUCAAACUUCGGCCACCUUGCUGGCCUUCUGUCUGCUGGUAGCGAUCAGUUUUCACUCAUUUUUUGCGGGGCUGAGCAUCGGCGUAAUGACAGAAACGUCAGACGUUGUGGCCACCUUGAUCGCUGUGAUUGCCCACAAAGGCGUGGCCGCGUUUGUACUCGGACAGUCCUUCCUUCGGUCGACUCUUAGCAAGCUUUUAGUGAUUUGCCUGCUGAUUUUGUUUGCGGCCAUGACACCCGUGGGGGUAGGUAUUGGAUGGUGGAUCUCCAGCAUGAGUGACGAAACGGAGAAGCUGUCCGGGUUUGUAGUGAGUCUAAGUGCUGGUACUUUCAUUUACAUCGGGAGUCUUGUGGUUAACGACACUCCAGAUCGCCUGACUCCCAAUUCUGAUAAAAAGGCCGGUUUGUGGAGGCGGUACGCGUUGUGGUGGUUUGGCGUUAUUCUGAUGGCCGUUGCCGCGAUAUGGGCGUAA